AUGCCUAAGAAAGCCAAAUCGAUUCAAUUAAUUUUCGACGAUGAUCGAAAGAAAUUUUAUCGAGCCCGUGAUCAAUUAAGUGGUGUGGUACUAUUGCAAUCACUUGGCAAUGUUGCCGUUGUUAAUAUUAAAGUGCACGUUUUUGGUAAAGCCGAUACAGAAGUAACUGAAGUUUGUCAAGAUACCGAUGGUAAACGUCAGAAUCUAGUACAUAAAGCCGAAAAAGUCUACCUUGAUUACUUCCAAUUAGUAUGUGGCACAGAUGACACAAGGGGUCUUAGUAUUAUACCUGAAGGGGAGCAUCGAUUUCCAUUUUCCUGUAACUUACCUACAGAUUUGCCUUCUUCUUUACAACGUCACAAAGAAAAGAAAGUUACUCCGAACGCUAUACGAUAUUAUGUACACUGCGUAGUUAAUUAUAGUGAAAAGAAAAGCGAUAACGUCUAUAAACCUUUUCAAGUGCAACAUCUCCUGAACGUUGACGACCCUGUUUUCUCGGUUCCACCAUCUCCAUUGAUAGAGGAAAGAACCGUUACCAGUUUAGCAUGUAUUCCUGGUGAUAUUAAGCUUACAGCAAGCAUUGCACGUCAAGCCUUUUUAAAUUUCGAGCCCAUUUUAAUUAAUGCAGAAAUAGGAAACUUUUCCAGAAGGAGACUGACUGCUUUAGAAGUAGCGCUGAUUAGGAAUGAAGAAUAUAACGCAGAAGGUGUAUCCAAUACUAAAAGCUAUGAAAUAGCUAAAAUAUCGACAGGUCGCAUAGCUGCUAGGCAAACUAUCCACUGGUCUAGUGAACCUCUACCUUUGCCCGAUUAUUUAACACCAACAUUAUUAAAUUGUCCUUUAAUUAAGGUCAAUUACCAACUUGAGUUCACUUUGAAAAUUCCCGGAGCGGAAAAUAUAACUAGAAAGUUAGACAUAAUUAUCGGUACGGUAACGAAUGAAAUAAUUUCUCAACUGCAAAUAAACCCGCCACAAAGUCAAGCCGGAAGUAGGCACAACAGCACUUUAAGCGCCAAUCCAGAUACCCCUCCACCUCCUUACUCUGUAUUGGAGCCUAAUAAUUUAGACGAUCAGACACCAUCAGCGCCUGAAGUUGAUUCCAUGGCCGCUGUUGCCAUAAAUUAA